AUGAAAAAUGGGUGUAUCAGCUGGAGAAGCAAGAAACAGCGUACAGUGGCUCUUUCGUCUACGGAAGCCGAGUACAUGGCGUUGACAGAAGCCACACAAGAAGCAGUAUGGCUCAAGGCAUUUUUGUGUGAGAUUGGUGAAAUGAAGAACGACGAAGCAGUCAAGAUCUAUAAAGAUGACCAAGGCUCCAUUGCGUUGGCCAAGAACCCCGAGUCCCAUAAAAAAAACGAAGCAUAUCUAUAUCCGGUAUCACUUCGUGUGCGAGAAGGUUGCAGACGGCCAAGUGUUGCUACAGUACUGCGCUACGAAGAACAUGAAAGCAGACCUCAUGACAAAGCCGAUCCCCGCUGCGCAGUUCGAAUAUCUUCGGGGCAUGCUGGGGAUCAAGACACCAAGGUCUGCCGAGUCGAGUGGGAGUGUUGUAAAAGAUACUCGUCGGCAUGA